ACACACUUACUAUAUUGAGAGAUAAAUAAAUUAUUUUGAUUUUUUUUUUAGUAACAAAAGUUUAUUUUUACCGUCUUCAAUCCCUCUUGUUAUCUAGUAAACUUAUGAUGAAAAAUUAAAUUUACUAGUGAUUUCAAAUCCACGUUUCUUUUUUUCAUUACACUAAAACGAAAAGAUAAAAUAAAAACCAUUUGAAACCCAUAAAACAAACACGCUAUAAUAUAAUAUUAGGACUUUAUCGUGAUAUUUUUCAUCAUCCAACAUAAUAUCGAAUAUAUUAUUAAAAAAUGAAUGAUUUAUUAUCGAACUCAUUUAAAAAGUACUCAGAUACAGAGUUCAAACAAGGAUUCCAUGGUGUAGAAGCAGGAACAGAAGGGAUGAACCUUGAUAAGUUCUUUGAAGAUGUAGAGAAGGUAAAAGAUGACAUGAAAGAUGUUGAGAAGAUUUAUAAGAGGCUUCAAGAUUGUAAUGAAGAGUCUAAGGUUGUUCAAAAUGCUUAGACCAUGAAACAGCUUAGAGGUCGAAUGGAUUCGGAUGUGUCCCUUGUUCUUAAGAAGGUUAAGGCUAUUAAGGCUAAACUUGAAGCCUUAGAUAAGUCUAAUGCACAAGCUCGUAAUGUGCCGGGUUGUGGGCCGGGCUCAUCGGCUGAUCGGACUCGGACGUCGAUUGUAAGUGGUCUAGGGAAGAAGCUUAAGGACUUGAUGUAUAAUUUUCAAGCUUUGCGAGGCAAGAUGCAAUCUGAAUAUAAGGAAACUAUGGAGAGAAGGUGCUUCACAAUUACCGGAGAGAAGGCGGAUGAGAAGAAGAUAGAGAAUCUAAUAGCAAGUGGAGAGAAUGAAAAUUUGUUGCAAAAGGCAAUACAAGAUCAAGGAAGAGGCCAAAUAUUAGACACAAUAUCUAAGUUACAAGAAAGAUAUGAUGCAGUCAAAGAGAUUGAGAAGAAUUUGAUUGAACUUCAUCAAGUUUUUCUUGAUAUGGCUGCAUUAGUUGAAGCUCAAGGCCAACAACUAAACGAUAUCGAAAGCCAUGUAGCUCAUGCAAGUUCCUUCGUCAGACGAGGAACUGAACAGCUUGGUGAGGCAAGAGAUCAUCAAAAGAACUCUAGGAAAUGGUAUUGUUAUGCUAUUUUAGCUGCCAUUGUGCUUAUUUUUGUUCUUUUCUUCCCUGUUUUUAUCAAUCUUAUUUUGCCUCACGUGUUUUAUUGAAUUCUGAUAGAAUUAUCGUGAAUUACACUCUUAAAGUUUAGACUAUUGGUGAAUUACAACUUUAAUGUUUUUUUUUCAA